AUGGCUGAUCAGAAAGGCAAAGAUCAAUCAUCUAAUAUUCAGCCUUCGUUUGCACUUGGUCCUUGGAAAUAUGAUGUGUUCUUGAGUUGUAUAGGUGGUGAUGCUUCACAAAACUUUGUAGAUCAACUAUACUUAAAACUUUGCCAAGUUAGGAUAAACACAUUCAAAACUGAUGAUGUUUCAGCUGAAGUAGUGAUGAAUGCAAUCGAAGGAUCAAUCAUUUUUAUUAUUGUUCUUUCCAAAAACUAUGCCUCAUCUAGAAGGUGUCUUAAUGAGCUUCUACAUAUCCUUGAGCUCAAGAAGAAUUCCAAACGGUUACUUCUUCCUAUAUUCUAUGAUAUCGACCCUUCUGAUGUGCGCAAGCAAACUGGAAUUUUCGCUGAAGCCUUUGAAAGGCAUAGAACAUGUUCUCAAUCAGAGCAAACCAUUCAAUAUUGGAAAACUGCCCUCAAUAAAGUUGGUAAUUUAUCUGGAUGGGAUCUCAGGCAUGCUGCUGAAGG